AUGGCACAGAUAGUCAUCUCAUCAUUGGUGAAUCCAUGUUGGAAUGUUCCAGUGUGUGAUAUGUAUUGCCCAUAUGGAAAUCGGUUCGAUGCAAAUGGAUGUGAGAUGUGUGCAUGCAAGAGUAGUCCAUGUAAUGAGGAAGCAACACCACUCGAAGGCUACUUUUGUGGAGAUGGUCCCAAUCGUCGUGAAUGUCCAUCGACACAUUAUUGUGCUAUUUCACCCAACAAUGCCUAUGCUGUCUGCUGCCCUAAUAGUCAUCAACUACCACUUCCACUACCGAAGGAGCCAGGCACAGCGUCGAUCAGCAAGCCAGGCAAAUGUCCACCACAAACGGGCACCGGAGAUUGUGUUGCCUAUUGCACUAAUGAUUUUCACUGUCCCGGAGAGAAAAAAUGUUGUGGUGACUGUCCUCGCGCAUGUAAAAAACCAGUCUUUUGA